AUGCGGGCAGCAGUGGCGGUGUCGCUGUCGCUGUGCUGGCUCUGGGCGGCGGGGCACAGCCUGCCCCGGCUCCGCCUGUCCUACCGCGAGCUUUUAGGCACCAACCGCUCCAUCCUCUUCUUUGGUCACCGUGGCUUCCUGGGCUUCCGCUCCCUCUACCUGGAUGAGUAUCGUGACCGGAUCUUCAUUGGGGGGAAGGAUGUGCUCUACUCCCUACUCCUGGAUGGGGCCAGUGCAGAUGUCAAGGAGAUCUAUUGGCCACCUCGCCCUGGGCAGACGGAGGAGUGUUUUCAAAAGGGGAAGGACCCAGGGACUGACUGUGCCAACUAUAUCCGUGUGCUGCAUCCCUACAACCGGACACACUUGCUGGCUUGUGGGACAGGUGCCUUCCACCCCAUGUGCACCUUCGUCUAUGUGGGGCACCGUGGUGAGCACACCUUCAGCUUGGACCCUGCCAACGUGGAGACCGGCCGGGGCAGGUGCCCACAUGAGCCCAGCCGUGCUUUUGCCAGCACUGUCAUCGGUGGGGAGCUGUACGCUGGCCUCACGGCUGAUUUCCUGGGACGUGAUGCCGGUGUUUUCCGCAGCAUGGGGACCCGCUCUGCCCUGCGCACAGAGGUGGACCAGAGCUUACUCAACGAUCCCAAAUUUGUGGCAGCCCACUUGAUCCCAGACAACGAUGACUGGGACAAUGACAAAGCCUAUUUCUUCUUCACGGAGAAGGUGGUGGAGGCAGACAGCAAGGAGCAUGCCGUUGUCAGCCGUGUGGGGCGCGUCUGUGUGAAUGAUGCUGGUGGUCAGAGGGUGCUGGUCAAUAAGUGGAGUACCUUCAACAAGGCCCGGCUGGUGUGCUCUGUCCCUGGCCCUGGUGGCAUCGACACCUACUUUGAUGAACUGGAGGAUGUCUUCUUGCUGAGGACGAAGGAUGGGAAGAGCCCAGAGAUCUAUGCCCUUUUCAGCACUGUCAGCCACGUUUUCCAGGGCUCUGCUGUCUGUGUGUACCGCAUGGCUGACAUUCGGGAGGUCUUCAAUGGGCCCUUUGCCCACCGAGAGAGCCCCCAUCACCAGUGGGGUGCCUACGAGGGCAGGGUGCCCUACCCACGGCCAGGCGUGUGUCCCAGCAAGACCACCAACCAGCCCCGGCAGCAGUACAGCAGCACCAAGGACUUCCCUGACGAGGUGCUGCACUUCGCCCGUGCUCACCCCCUCAUGUACAAGUCCGUGUACCCCCGGCACCGCCGGCCCCUCCUCGUGAAGACUGACCUGCCCCACCGGCUGCGCCAGCUCGCGGUGGACAGGGUGGAGGCUGAGGAUGGGCAGCAUGACAUCCUCUUCCUCGGCACAGAUGCUGGCUCGGUGCUGAAGGUGGUGGUCAUGCAGAAGACGAGCUCAGCCAUGACUGAAGAAGUCAUCCUGGAGGAGCUUCAGGUUUUUAAGGUGCCUGUGCCCAUCACGCAGAUGGAGAUCUCUGUCAAGCGCCAAACACUCUACGUGGGCUCCAGCCUAGCGAUGGCCCAGGUACGGCUGCACCAGUGUGAGUCCUAUGGCACUGCUUGUGCCGAAUGCUGCCUGGCCAGGGAUCCCUACUGUGCCUGGGAUGGCACUGCCUGCACCCACUACCAGCCUUCUGGCAAGCGCCGCCAUCGCCGCCAGAAUGCCCGCCACAGCAACCCUGCACACCAGUGUCUGGACCAGAACCUGACUGUGGAUGAUUUUGAGAGUGUUGAGGAGAAGGUGCUUUAUGGGGCAGAGGACAACAGCACCUUCCUGGAGUGUGUGCCCCGGUCCCCGCAGGCCAGCGUGCAGUGGUUUGUCCAGAGGCCCCCUGAUGAGCAGCGGGAUGAGGUAAAGACGGAUGAGCGGAUCCUGCAGACGGAGCAUGGGCUGCUUUUCCGCAAGCUGCACCAGCACGACGCCGGCAUCUACUACUGCAAAACGCUGGAGCACGGCUUCACCCAGACGGUGGCCAAGAUCACCCUGGAGGUGAUUGCCAGCGAGCAGCUGGCACACACCUUCCUCCGGGGGCGAGGUGAUGAGCUCCCACACCUGCUCUGCCCCAAGUCCCGGCUGGUGCCACAGGCUCCCAAAACCUGGUUCAAGGACAUCAUGCACCUCAUCAGCUCCCAAAACCCGCGGCAGGUGGAGGAGUACUGUGCCCGCCUCUGGUGCAGCAGCCGUCCUCACCACCGCAAGAGCAAACUAGCCCAGGCCAAGCUGGUCCUGGCUGGUGUGGAUGUGGCCAAGAAGGGACGGACAGGCAAAGCCCACAGCGAGAGGAACCGUGUGCCCCGGCAAGCACCGGCCACUUAG